AGGAGAACUAAUAUAACCAGGUUUUUCUUGUUUCCGCGUACGCUCGGGACAGGCAAAGGUUUUUUUUUCUUCUAGAGCACUUUCAGCAAACUUUUUUUACAACAGCCGUGGGUGCCUUCGGCAAGCAGCUUUGAAGCCCCUGUCGACAACUCCCUCGAAACCGAGCCUGCUUGAUACAGAGCUGGAAAAAAAACAAGACAUUGAAGUCUCCUCUUUUCUCAACAAAUCUCCGUAGUCCCUCCUCCACAGUGAGAUAGAAACUAAGUGCUAGGGAGGUUAUAUUUUUUCAGCGGGUAGUUAGUAGAAGCUUCGGUUUUUCAACACAUUGAGUAAGACUAAUUCAUUGUACAGUACAGAAGAUAAGUAUAUAUCUAAUGCUAGCCACGGUCAUAGUCGUGGUCGUCUGCGUCACACUUUUGGUCGGGUCGCUCGUGGCGUGGUUGGGCCACACAUUUAGCAGUUCUGGAGAAUCCAGAGGCGUAGGCAGACAUGGACGGACGUCAUAUAACAGAAUAAGAAACGACGCAGACGAGAGUGGCGAGGAUUAUAGUUAUGAAAAACUACUUGUGUUCCUUUCUUCUAGUAGGAUUGUGAAUCUAUCUACUAGAACUAGUACCCUACAAGAACUUGUUCUACGAUAAAUAGAUGAAUUCACCUUGUCCUUGCUUCGUUCAUAAAACCCAGAAUCCAGUAGGUGACCUUGUCCUCGGAAUCGAUGCACCAGUAUGCGAAGCGCCGAAGAGGAGAAGAAAGCUGGAGAUUGCCAGUCACGAAUUAGGGAUAAAACUUUUCUGAAUCCAAUACCAGAGCAGAUAUUUGGGAGGGAGGACCACACGCAAAUGACUAUUAGGGGUCUGAUUGCAAUUGUACAAUACCUGAUGAAUAUGCUACAAGAUAAUACAAUUGAACAAUAGAGGUAAGCAGGCAAGCUAGGUUCGGACCACCGCGCAUCGCCACUUGAUUGAUUGACUCGAAGGUCCUAG